AUGGAUCAUAACUCUGUUUUCCCACUCGAUUCUCUGAAAGUCGAAAACGAGUAUGAUCCAGAUUCGUUCUACGCCAUGCUCAACCAGUUGCCUCCGCUGGAGUCUCUGCUAGAUACCGAAGAUCUGAAAGCAGAUGAAGGAUUGCAUUUUGAGUUUCAGUACCAUUGCUUUGAAGAUUUCUUCGAAAACAUGGAAGUGAAUAACACAUUGUCAUCUGAUAUUCUCAUGUUGACUCAAGAACCCUACUUCUCGAGUGACUCCUCUUCACCAGUGGCUGUCCAAAACAGCGAUUUUCUCGGUUCCAACGAGACGUGCCAAAAGAGAACACCGAAGAAGAGGAACACUCGUCGGACAAAGAGACAGGAGAAGUUGGAGAUGUCCGAGAUCAGAAAGUUCUUCGAUAGACCAAUCAUGAAAGCGGCUAAAGAGCUCAACGUUGGACUUACCGUGCUGAAGAAGCGUUGCAGGGAGCUUGGAAUUUACAGGUGGCCUCACCGGAAGCUCAAGAGUCUCAACUCUCUAAUUAAGAAUCUAAAGGGUGUUGGAAUGGAGGAGGAAGUGAAGAACUUGGAAGAGCAUAGGGUUCUUAUAGAGCAAGAACCUGAUGCUGAGCUAACUGAUGGAACAAAGAAGCUGAGACAAGCUUGUUUCAAAGCUAAUUACAAGAAAAGGAAAUCACUAGCCAAUGAUGAUUACUAUUAA